GUAGCGACGGGAGUAGUGUUGAUUAUACUGUGCACAGCUCUGGUUUAUAGGCAGAUUGGCGUAAAAAAAGAAAUUAAAAUAGAUGUACUACAAAUGAGAAACAGUAUAUCGCUAGAAGUAAAUGAGGGUAGACUGAAAUGGAAAAAAGACAACAUCUAUUGUGAUGUGAACGAUAUGAAUAAGUAUACAAUUGAAAAAAAGAAAAUACGCAUCAAUAAUUUUUCGGAGGAGGACUGUGGUGUAUACCAGGGUUUUCACGAAACAAGUCGCUUGGUUAGAAAAUUCAACACUUACCCUGUUUCUGUUGAAUCUACAAUUCUAGAAAAAAAAAUACAGAAGCUUAAGCUUGUUGGAGAAAGUUUAGAUGUCAGCGAAGACACUAUCUCAGAGAAUACCCAAAUCUCAGAUUUCUUUCCAAUAUGGAGGUCAACUACAAAUACCUUGGAGAUACCGUGUAUAGUAAUACAGACAGAGACACCAUGGAACUCAUGUGGAAAGAAACUUCAGGAUCCUAACAGAAAAUCCAGACUCUUUUUUUUCUUAAAAUGCGCAGCUUUAAUUAGCAGAAAUUUUUCAGUUUCAUUGCCGAAAGAUCGAAAAGUGUUAAGUACAGUUGAAAAAUUCCUAGGUGAGAUAUUUCAUGAUAUGGAAAAAUAUAGGAAAGUUGCUGGAAACUUACAAGAUUCUUCUUCCUACGAUUCAUCACCCAACUAUUUUACAUUACGCUCUGACGAAGUAAAGCUCGAGACACUGUGGAUAUUGUUUACCAGAUGUCGAUCUCCAAUCGAAGUCUUGAAAUACAUAUUUGAUCAGAGAUUAACCACACUCACGUUGAGAUUCUUCAGACUAGAAGGAUAUAGCCAACAUUCAAAUGAAACUUACAUAUCAUUACCACGCUCAGUUACACAAAUGUACUUAGAAAGUUUGAUUGAUGAGAAAUUCGGAAAUGCAGAAACGCAUUGGAAGUCAAUUGUUGCAUUUGACCAAAGGACUUGUACAGACUAUGAAUGUGUCAUUCACUAUGCACUUCUAACUGAUCUUCCUGCGUUUGACAUCAUUUUGAAAUAUUUUCGAACGUGUGGUUAUGCCAAGAAAGAGGGGGAAAAAUGCAUUAUUGUUCCCGCUGAGUACAAUGAGAAAGUCAUAGAGAAGAUGGGUGUAGAUAUUAUUACUCAUAAAACAAUCGAAGAUUGCACCAUCCAUAAAGCUGUCAUAAAACAAUUAAGAAUCCCAGAAGAAGUAAUUGGGUGGAACGUUAAAAGAAAACAACGAUUUAUUCAAGAACUGAAGCAUGGGAAAGCUCGAAUUCACCGAGCUAGAGUAAUAGUUGUUGGCUGUGCAGGAGCAGGUAAAACAACUUUGGUUGAAAGACUGAAACAUCCAGACAGAGAUGAGAUGCCUACAACUACCACAACUAUUGGUCUUGAUGUUCACAAAAAUGUGUUCCUAGUCGAUGGCGGGAAACUAAUGUUGAUGGCAGAUGCAGCUUCUUUGUCAUCUUCAAGCAGCAGAGACAAAAUGAUGACUGUGAUGGACUUUGCCGGACAAAGUGCAUAUUACGCAUGUCAUCAAGUUUAUUUGACAAAGAGGGCAAUUUAUUUAUUAGUCACAGACAUGUCAAAAUCUAUGGAAGAAAAGGUUGGUCAACAUGUCUGUGACGCUGAUGGAACAAUCUUUGCAGACUGGAAAUACGGAGAUUAUAUUAGUUUUUGGCUUCAGAGCAUUCGUACAUACUGCGGAGAGGAGAUGCCAGUAGUUCUGGUGGCAACACACAAGGACAAACUUCAGAAAUCGGAAAAGAGCUUUUACGACGAAAUUCUACAUUCUUUUCCCAAAACUCAAAAUCUGAUGAAACAUUUGUCUACAGAGAGGUACUUUGAAGUUGAAGCGGCUCCUAAGGACAACGAAAAGAUAUUAAAAAUUCAGGAUCGUCUAAUUGACCUCUUAACGUCAAAUAAUGAAGAGAAGUCCUACUCACACUGGGGGGAAUUUAUCCCAUCGUUUUGGUUAACCGUUGAAAAAGAAUUAGAACAAAACAGAGAAAAAGUCAUGCGUGUGUCACAAAUAAAAGACAGAUUCAAUUUAGAGCUUUCUGAAGAUAUUGAUGGAUGUCUUGAUCUAUUUCGUCAUUGUUGGUUUCAGUUAAAGGUUAAACUACGAGUAGAAGUAUCAAAGGAUAUGAUUAAAAUUCGUGACAUGCUACAGUUCUUUCAUGAAAUUGGAUAUAUUCUCUUUUUCAAUGAAACGAACUUAAAUGAGGUAGCCAUUCUAGAUGUCCAGUGGUUUAUUGAUGCAUUCAAAUCAUUAACCAUGGAUAAAAACCAAGUAGACGUAGCAAAAGCUUCAAAUAAUUCAAACACAAAAACUCUAACUCUCGAGGACUGUUUCGAAACUACAAAAGAUAUGGAUGAGUUCUACCAAUCAGGAAAGCUGCCUUAUGAAAUUCUGCAACAGUUCUGGGAUUCUCAUGACGAUAAAGAUCUGCAAGAAAAUAGUGGCUAUUUAUUAAAAUACAUGGAACGUCUAGGCCUUCUAGCCACUGGAGAAAUCUUUCAUUACAUUCCGUGUGUCAACAAAAAGGAUAUAGAUAUUUCACAACUUGAGAGAAUAUCUUCAAAACAGCACAAGACAUCAGUCUUGCAUUUCCUAUUCAAGCAUUGCCUGCAUCAUUUCUUUUUCCAAAGAGUUGUCGUUGCUUGUAUGCACAAAUGGAAAUACCUAGAAAUAGAUGGCAAAAUUCAAUUAUUCAAAAACAUUGUUUUGCUAGAACACAAACAAAGGGGAAAUGUCAUUGUAAUCGGCGUAAAUAAAACAGCGAUACAGUUAUUAGUAUACAGCAAUAGUACUUCAAGAUCUCUGCGUCCCGCUGAUACGUACAAAGUUCGAAAUACUGUCGAAAAUAUCAUAAGAUCUGUUGUAAGUACAUUUCACAGAGCCGUGAAUUAUGAAGUAGGAUUCAGUUGUUCGGAGAAUGACAAUAUAACGCAGGAAUGUGAAGGGCAAUUUAUUUUAGAGAAGGAUGCAGUAGCCUUUUCAAAGCUUGAAGAAGGACGCGAAUGUGAUUACCAUACUGAAACACACUAUAUACAUUGGAGUAAAAUGGUCAAACAUUGGAAUAAAGACUUUGGUCUGAGAUUAGGGUGCCUUUCAAGAGAGACGAGGAAUUCUACGGUAGAGGGCAUCACCAGACAGAAACAAGAGAAUGACUUUGAAACUGAAAGGUUAAUCGAGAUGAAAGAACAAGUAAGGAUUGAUAUAGACAAACAGACCUCUGGGAAUGUAAAUAUCCAUAUGACUGACGAAGAGUUGAAAAAACAUCAUGGGAUGCUACUUGACAAGUUGAUGAAACUUUCUCGAGAUGCAUUUCAAAUUUACUUUGACGAUAAAAUGUCUCAACAAGAUCUAAUACAGCUCAUGACCUUUAAGGAUGAUAUGAAAAAAGACCCUUGCAGAUUUGCGGAACAACAGAUGUCGAUUCUGUUUCCUGGUGACGGCAGUGACCCUUCAUCUUCUAUGUUUGACAUUACGAUAAUGUACAAACUGCUUAGAAACUAUGGUGACGAUGUACCUGUACCAAGCCAAGGUUGGGGAAAGAAACCAGAGUUUAAAAACAUCAAGGAGACUGACGACUUAGAAAGAAUACGGCUUCUCAGAAACAUGUUAAAUCAUGAAGGAUCAGACACUGUUGUAGAGAAGGAUGUUUUUAAAAUGUACUGGAUGGAAAUCUCACAGGCGAUAAAGCGAUUAAGUAAAGGGAAGCUUCAAACAGAAUUAGAUGACUUGCAAAAAGAAGCAGGCGUUUAACUGAAGACAAUUAUGAUGUAAAGAGAUAAAAUAAGAUGUUUUAUGUCUUGAACAAAGAAUAAUAUGCGUUAUACUGCAUGUCUUUUCCCCCACAAAAGUCUUUUUUUUUUUUUAAUUCUUGAAA